ACUCAUAGCAGGGAAGCAUUUCUGCAGGAGUGGCAUCUAUUUAUAGAGACACCCCGACCAUGUGUCUCUGACCAGAGAGCUGCACAGUUUACUCUCUGCCUGCUGUGGUCUCAGUGCUUACACUUCAAAAAGUUGGACAACUCUGUGGUUUCUCUCCAGCAGGCUGAUAAAAGUCUUAUCUCACAUUCUCUGCAACAGAGUCAGAACUUUGAUCUGGUGAGAAAAAUAAACUCCCUCACUGGCGUGCAGAGUGACCUGCAUUAGAUUCAUCUCACUCCUCCUUCUCGUCCAACAGAGGGAGAGAAAAGCUCUUCUGAAAGGUCUGUCACCAUGAAUCGGGCCUGGGCUGUGUUCAAAGCCCACCCUUACAUCAGUAACGUCCUGGGAUACACAACACUGUUUGCUUCUGCUGACCUCAUACAGCAAAGCGUGCUGGGAGGGAAACCCGCCGCAGGAUCGCCAGCCGAGGAGUCAGCCGGCAUUGACUGGUGUCAGACGGCUCGAGUUGCGACUGUCGGCUUCUGUUUCCAUGCCAACUUCAACUACCACUGGCUGAAAGGGCUGGAGAGGAUGCUGCCGGGAGGAGGGGUGAAGGCGGUGACAGGGAAAGUUGUGGUGGAUCAGCUGAUAGCAGCUCCUCUCACCAUAAGUGCAUUUUAUAUUGGUUUGAGUUUACUAGAAAACAAAGAUGACCCACUCGAAGACUGGAGACAGAAAUUCUGGACAUCUUACAAGGCUGGAGUAGCAUUCUGGUCAACAAUGCAGGCAGUAAACUUCGCUCUGGUCCCGCCUGUGGCUCGGACAACAUUUCUGGGAGGCAUCGCUCUGGCUUUUACCAUCUUCCUGUGUCACCUCAGAAAGCAGCCUAACCACACACUUGAAUAAAUCUAAGAUUAUUGGCUCCAUGAUGCAAGUUUUUAAAAGGAAAGACUUUUGUGUGAGAAACAACAGAAGGUAACAAUAUUGACAUCAUAUUAGGCUAAUUGAAAGGAUGAGUUCAGAUGCAGAGUGAUCGGUUUUUCUGAGGAAACAAGAGGGACUCCUGAAAUAAAACACAAAUGUUGAUUCAGCAGUUAAAUCCUGCUUCUAUACGUAUUAAUAUCGUUAUAUUCUCUGAAUACAGAGAGAGCUACACUGCGGUGUAAUGAUACUUUUCCUGCUGUUAUUUUAUCAUAUUGAUUAGCUUUGUUGAUGUCACUGUGUGUUUUUAAACCAAUAAUUAAAAAAGUUCUGUUUAUUUGAUUAUUUUGUUUGGAAAACUGUAACGACCUAAUCAUGUUAAAUUGUGAAAAGAAUCAUUUAAUUGUAAAUGCUCUCGAUUGUUUUGUUUUUUAACAUUUAAUCUAUUGCAGAUUUUUUUUUAAUAAUUGGUUAUUUCAUAUUUAGUUGUAUUUCAUAAAUAUUAAAGAUGUAAUUGUUGGUUGGAAAAGAAGAGUGGUGGUGAUAUUAUAAUAAAUGUUUAUUAUA